AUGUAUUCGGGCAGGGUGCAGCGCGUGGUGCCGUGCCGCGGCUGCUGCUGCGCGCCGCCGCACCCGCACGCGCUGCUGCACGCGCGCGCCGCGCACCCGCACGGCCCGCCGCCGCACGCGCACCGGGGGGAGCGGCGGCGAGACCCAAUGCAGGCGGCGCCGCCGUAUCUCGUACACGAGCGACUUUGGCAACGGCAACAACACAUUCUAGAGGUACAACGUCGCAGUAUGAUGGGUGACGCGGGCGCCUCGCACUACCCGCCGUAUAUAUCGCCCAGACCCACUGCUAUGCUUGAGUUUCCGGACGAGCUAGAUCAGCCCAGCUUAAAUACGCCAUUGAUGCUAUCGGACGGUCAACACGUUCACCAUCAUAUGCAUCACUUUUUCCAAAUGCCUCCACAUCUGCACAUCUCCAUACAACCCUCACUAAAUGUGGGCGUGCCGAUGUCGCAGAUGGCGGCGAUGCUGCGCGUGAGCGCGGAGGAGGCGCGGCGCACGGCGCGCGGCGCGUCGCGCGCCGUCAUCGAGCGCAACACGCUGCGCCACGCGUACGCGCCCGCGCCCGCCGCGCCGCGCGCCGACGAGAAGUGCACCAUCUGUCUGUGCGUGUUCGAGGUCGACGCCUACUGCAGACGACUACCAUGUAUGCACCUAUUCCACAUGGAGUGUGUGGACCAAUGGCUCAGCACCAACAAACACUGCCCAAUCUGCAGAGUGGACAUUGAGACACAUCUUAACAAAGACGCUACAUUU